AUGGCAAAUACAGAAACAGAAGACUACAGAGCGGCAGAUUCUCAGUCUUCUUUAUCACCCUUGACUAAAGCCAUGGAGGAGUCACAGCAGAGCAGCCCUGAAGGCACCUUCAGUGUGGAUAUCGUGGACCCAAUUUACAAGUGUAUUUCGAAUGAUUCACCAAGGGGGUGUACGUCAUCCCAGGCAAAAGCAGUUAUUAAAAGUACUGAAGAUUAUUUGCAGCCUCAGUUUGGCCCCAACAGACUUUUACAUUCAGCGGCAGUAUCAGAAGGGUCAGGACUUCAAGAUUGCUCCACACAUCAAACAAUGUCAGAUCACAGCCAGGAUGAAACAUCAGACCUAGAUAGCUACAAAUCAAACAGUAAAAACAAUUCUUGUUUUGUAUCAGCAUCCAAGAGAAACAGACCUGUCAGUGCUCCAGUGGGUCAACUGAGAGUUGCAGAGUUCUCUUCUUUAAAAUUUCAGUCGGCCCAAAAUUGGCAUAGAUUAUCUCAAAGACACAAACUUCAACCCAGAGUGAUUCAAGUAACAGCUUACAAAAAUGGAUCUAGAACAGUCUUUGCCAAAGUUACUGUACCAACCGUCACCUUGUUGCUGGAGGAGUGCACGCAAAAGCUGAAGCUGAACGUGGCCGCGCGACGAGUGUUCUUGGCAGACGGCUCUGAAGCCCUCAAACCUGAAGACAUACCCCAUGAAGCCGACGUUUAUGUUUCAGUGGGCGAGCCGUUUUUAGAUCCAUUCAAAAAAAUUAAAGACCAUCUGUUGUUAACGAAGAAAGUAACUUGGACAAUGAAUGGGUUGAUGCUUCCUACUGAUGUCAAAAGACAGAAAACCAAGCCUGUUCUUUCUAUUAGGAUGAAGAAACUUAGUGAGAAGACCUCAGUCCGAAUUCUGUUCUUUAAGAAUGGGAUGGGGCAAGAUGGGCGUGUGAUUACAGUGGGAAAGGAAACAAUGAAAAAGAUUUUAGAUACUUGCACAAAGAGAAUGAAUCUAAAUUCACCAGCCAGAUAUCUUUAUGAUUUGUAUGGCAGAAAAAUUAAAGAUAUUUCAGAAGUUCCUCUGCUUGAUAAAUGCCUGCAAAAUUCCAUCACACCUUUGCGGGGACCAGUUUGGGUCUCUAAGGGAGAAGGUUUCAGCCCCUCAGGAGCUAAGAUGUACCUUCAAGGAGUUCUUUUGGCCUUGUACCAACGAUUAAAGUCUGCAGAAAAAUAUUAUAAGCAGUUGAACAUGGCCAUGGAUGAGCAGAAAGAGAAAAUUACUGAAAAAGUUAUUCUUUCCAUGACAGCAACGGAACACCAUAAGGCACAAGAAGAAGUGAGCAGGCUGAUUGAUGAAUUGGAGACAGCUAUCAAAAGCAACAGAGGUCAUCUCUCUAAACUUGGCCCCCAAUUACAGGCUGAGCAGGAGCAAUUCUCCUCUUAUGUCUACCAACACAUUAAAAGCCUUCCAGCAAACACUCUUAUCCCAAGAGGCCUGCGGCUCAAGAUAUUUGAAAAUGGUAAGGACACUGGAGAAAUCUCUGUUUCUAUCAGCAAAAAGGAUCUGGGGUCUAAUAGUCCAGCUCAAACCGGCGAUAUGAUGGAAAGAUUACUUCUCAAGAUUCAUCAAAGGCUUCAAGGUUCUUCCAUCAACCCACUAGGCCUCAAUUUUCCUUCAACCCGGCUUUACGAUGAGCAUGGUCAAGAAAUUAAGAAUCCACUUUUGCUGAAGAAUGAGCAAAAAAUUUGGGUCUCUUAUGGUGAAGCAUACAGAUCUCCACUGAACCCUGUUUUGGGUUUGACCUUUGACCAGGUGACUGCAUUUGCCAGAGGUGGCAUUACGGUUGCAUAUAAAACCUUCUUGGAUCCUAAUGCUGUUCUGCUCCCAGGAUGUGACAAUUGGAAAGUUUGUGAGGGAUUUCCAAUUAAUUUCAACGGCACCAGUCAACAGAUACCUGAUCAAUUUGAAAAGGUGGACUUGGGAGACCAUUUCCUACAGAACAAGGUGGAUCCCAACAUUGUCCUUCAUGCCUCUGUUUCCGUUGGAAAGCGGAGUUCCUCGAGGAGUGACGUGAGCAGUGGCAGUCAGGUGGUGCCGUCCACCCUGUGGCCUGCAGCCAGCGUGUGGCUGAUCACGAAGACUGGAAUGAUCCUGAGCCGAGCAAUAACUCAGGGCUGCCUGGCUGUUGGUCAUCCAAUCAGAGUCAAGGCUGCUGAGGGACCAUCACUAGAUGGAUAUAAAUUAAUCCUGCAGAAAAGACAUAAAGGAGAUGAUUCUCAAAAGUGGGUGUUUGGAACUGAUGGCUGCAUUUAUUCUAAGGCUUAUCCUCAGUUUGUUCUGACCUACCUAGAGGAGCUAAAUGCACAAGUGGAUGUGACCCAGACAGAGUAUCACGUUCACCAUGGCGCCUGGACCAGGGCUCAUCAGGAACACGGCAGCAGCUUAGCAGAAGAGGUUCUGCACAAAAGUGCCAGCAUCCCUGCUCUGAAGCAACUGCCAGAGCCUCCAGACGCCCAUUUAAUGCCGGAAGGUUCUCCUGGGGAGACGGGGCAGCUGACAGUGGCGCUGGUGAGGAGGCUGGAGGGGAAACGUCCUCAGGCCUCUGCUCAGAGGUGGGCCAUAAAGCAUGAAGGGAACAGUAAGCCAGGCCAGUGGAAACAUUCCAGAGUUGAAAAUCCUCUCUGGAAUAAGCUCACCUACAUGUGGCCGGUCCUUCCCAGCGGCCGACUUAAUGAGGAGUUUGAUUGGCCAAUAGAAGGACUGCUUGUUCCAAACAGCCCUCCCCUGAAGAAACCCGUCUGGAAGACACCGGAGCCAUGCGUGCCCUUGAGACUCAGAGUUUUGCGGAAUGGAGACAAGAAUAAAAACAGAGCCCUUAUUGUAACCAGUCCAGACAUCUCACCUGGGCGGAAAAUGCAGUGCACUGAGACUUUAAAUUUACCUUCUGCAGCUCGGAGGUUGUUCAGUGAAGAAGGUCAGGAAAUCUUUGCCCUGAAAGACCUUCGGAGAGAUGAACUGGUGUAUGUUUCAUGUGGAGAACGUUGGAUCAGUCCUGAGCUGUCCAUUGCUCAGCAAAAGAGGCAAAUCUUCCUGAGGAACUUGGCAUCAGAUGUUUCCAAAAUUCAAACCUUCUGCAGGACACAUAAGACAGAGGCUCUUGUUUUAGAAGUCCAGAGUGACAUUGUUUCUGGAGCCAAGCUUGCUGUGCAGAAACCUGUAGCAGUUUUUGGAGAAGAGAAGCAAAUUAGAGAACCAGCGGAAAAGCAAAUCCAAAAAAAUGCUGUAACAAUGGAAAAUGCUUCCAGCACAAUUCUGGAUUCGCACGCGAGAGCCCAUCUCCAAGUGGAGGCCCGUCACCCCCUUGUCAGGUACGCCUGGCAGGAAACCUCGCGUAGCUGUGGCGAGCAUGACGGUCCUCCAAAGAAAAGGGAAGAAGAGCUCUUUGACAGUGUGGAACCACAGAAGAAACACAGCCGUUCUCCAAGGCAGAGUCAACUGCAGAAGCUUUGCCACCAGCAGUUUGAAUACAGAGACGGGCGAAUUAUAAGCCAGGCCGCUCCUCAGCUAGUCGUGGGGGUGCAAGGUCCUGACCUACAUGCAGGCAUGGAGGUGGUCUUGGUGGAGAAAAAAGCGGAUGAUAGUCGUCAACGCUGGAUGCACAAGGAAGACAGCAGGACCUUUCACCUGGUGAGAGACCCGGAGCUGGUGCUGGCAGUGUCGAUGACCAGCGCUGGGAGAGACCUCUGUGGCUUUCCAGUUAUUGUGCAGAAGUAUAAACCAUAUAAGAACGGGGCUUCCAAUCAGAAGUGGAAGUACGUGGAAAGGACGAAAGCUCUCGUGGCCUUUCAUAGCACUCCCCUGGACAAGGAGACCACAGCGGCACAUUAUGCUGGUGUUUGCACAUCCUCUGUGAUCAAAGGGGAAAACGUCCAUCAGCCAGGAUACUAUUAUCUCUCAUCCGCUGGAAAGAAAAAAAUGAUGCUCUGCUUGGCAUGUGGACAAUCCAGGCAAGCAGAGAAGGGACUGAAACAGUUGCUUCCUGGGCUGCUGUUCCUCUGUGCCUCAGGCUCCCAGACCCAGAAGCCCUUCUCAAGAGGGCCUUUCAAGGUCAUCAAGGUGGCUGAGGCUGAUUUAUCUUCUUAUGAGGCUGAGAAAACUCUAAGUUAUUAUGAAGACCGUCUAUUAUCUUUACGGAUGAAGACCCGCACACAAGUGGUAUCUCAUAGUGGUAUGGCAGCUACGCACCAGAAGGCACUGAAAAUAAUUGCAUACAAAAACGGAGAUGGAUAUCGAAAUGGGAAGUUAAUUGUGGCUGGAACAUUCCCCAUGCUUCUUACAGAAUGCACGGAACGGCUCGGUCUUGCCAGAGCAGCCUCCAAAGUGUUCACCCAAGACGGAACUGCAGUCCAUUCCUUGCUCGAUUUGAUUUUAUGGGCUCUUGACAAACCUUUUAUCCAGAGAGACUCUGAGGAACCCAAGGAAGAGGCAGCCCCUGUUGGAACAGAAGAGACAGCAGUUAAAACUAUGGAAGAAAACCCAAGAAUGAAAGUGAAAACCAAGUUGUUUCCCCCGUCUGUGCCAUCCGAUAGUGUGGACAGUGUAGAUAAGUCUUCCCUCGCUCUCGUCCUCAGAGAUCCUAUUGCCGUCUGGGUGUCUUGUGGGGAACAAUUUCUAUCUCCGAGCGCUUUGCAGAAAGCAGAAAAACUAGAAAAACAGAACUGGCUAAAAAAGGACAAAAUUUUGGCUGAUCUAGACACCAUGAAACACAGAAUGAGACAGUUAAGAGGGCGGCGAGAAGCAGCAUGUCAGCCGGCCACCAUGGUUCCCAACAGAAGCCCUGCGCGGCCGGUGGUGGUGGAAGGAGGCUGGGCUGAGCAGACUCAAGAGGAAAUUAAACUCAUGGAACUUAUAAGACAUUCAGAGGCACACCUUUCUGAAGUCCAGGAACUGCAACACGAGAGAAAUCCUCCAAUUGCAGCUACACGUGUGGCACUCAAGCAGAGCAGCCUGUAUAAGCAACCCAACGCCAAACGAGUGUGGAUCUAUCUGAGUGGGGGCAGACCCGAAGACGGCACUUAUGCCUGGGGCAGAACUAUUCCAGAGCUGCUGGAUGACUGCUCCUUUCGCCUCAGAACGGCCCAGCCAGCCAGGACACUGUACACCCCAGACGGAGAGCCACUUCGCUCGUGGGACGACAUAAAGCGAGACAUGGUCAUCUGUGUGUCCACAGGACACGGCCUUAUCACCCAAGAAGAGCUAAAGCAACGGAUGGAGGUCAGAGCAAAUUAUGCCAGAAUCCGAAGGCAGCAUGGCCCUCAAGCCACAGACGUUGUGGUGUUGCCGUCGGCGAAGCUGCCCUCUCCCGAAGGCGUUAGAUCACAGCUACCGAAGGAGGCUCUUGGUCAUCGCCACAAAAAGCCUCGUAUUCACUCCGGGUCUGCCAAUCAGUGGGGCUGUGUGCAUCAACUCCUUCUGCCUCCGACGCCGCUGACAGCAGAGCACGUCACCUCUGCAGCAAUUGGCCGUCUUGCAGACGCUGUCUCUGUGUGUUGUGCGAUGUUAGGUGGGAAGGCAUUCCAGGACGGCUUUGUGAUAGAAGGAGAAAAGGCUGCACAAAACAAAGCAACAGACAAACAACGACAACGAGAGGGUGAAGAUAGAUUUGUUCUCAGUCGUGGCCAGUGGCUGCGGUGGUGGAGAACGGACCUGCCAGAACCGCCCAGGUUUGCAGAGAGUCAGCGAGGCUGUGGUCACCAGGGCAGCAGACCCUUCCUGGCAGCGUUUGGAAGGGAGCGAUCAGACCCACAGCUCUGUGUUGCUCUAGCUCAUCACAAAAUCAGAUGCCGACGUCCUCAGGUCAGUGCAUCUGGACCCACUGGUGGUCCUCAGCUGUUUUAUCACACCACUGGCUCCAGUUCCCGCCUGCCUCCGAGCACAUCUCGCCCCUCCGCAGGCCGCAGGCUGGAGGUGACCCAGACUGAGCUCUGUUGCCAGAAACAGCAUGUAAAUGGGAGUCGCCGGUUUAGGAGGUUUCCAGACAAGAGCCCCUGCUCCUCCUCCACCUGGCCUGAACCUGCGUGGGCUCCCUCAGGAGCUACUGGGUACUGGGCCCGGAUGGCCAACCUCCCCGCAGAAGGCAGGCGCCAGGACACUGGGGCGCGCUCACCCCGCACUAGAUUGCAGCUGCAGCACGAUUUUGAAAUCCGCCUUCACCUCGUCUCGGUCUGA